ACCACUGUCUACACUAAAAAUAGACGAGUGACAGAGGCUCAAACUAUCUCUCUCUGAGCUGACAGAAGCAUUCGGUGCUCUAGCCUUCGACAAGCAGCAACAAGCAUCUUCAGUCUUUUAGAGCAGUUAUUCUAAACAAUGUGUGAUAUCUGCUGUCGUGUGGCCCACAGAUAACCAUUUGACACCAGUAUUGGGUGGGUCGAAACCCAUGAAGGUCAUUGGCUGCUGGGCCAAAGUGUUCCGUCAUGGUGCGUAACAUGGACGACCUGGACUUCUGCCUCUCAUCUCAUCCACAGAGCAUCUUGGAGGGCCUGCACUCUCUCUGCUCUCAACCCAAGUUUGUGGAUGUCACUCUAAGCGCCGGUGGGCGGGACUUCCCCUGCCACCGGGGGAUCUUGGCCCUGUGCAGCCUCUACUUCCGCUCCAUGUUCUCUGGGGACUUUAUGGAGAGCAUCGCUGCCCGCGUGGAGCUCCACGAUGUGGACCCAGACGUGCUCGCCACACUGCUCCACUUUGCUUACACGGGGAGACUCACCAUCAACCAAGGGAAUGUGGAGGAGCUGAUACGCACCUCCAGCCGGCUCCAGUUCCAUGCGGUCCGUGCCGCGUGCAGCCGGUACCUCCAGCACCAGAUAGACGCCAGCAACUGCCUGGGCAUCCAGGAGUUUGGGGAGAUCCAUGGCUGUCCCGAGGUAGUGGCCAAAGCCAGGGCCUACCUGCUGGAGAACUUCGAGGCGGUGCAGCAGCACGAGGAGUUCCUGCUCCUGGAGAAGGACCAGCUGGUGGCCUGCCUGAAGGAUGAGCGGCUGCAGGCGCGGAACGACCGUGCCUGGGCCGAGGCCGCUCUGAUGUGGGUCAGGCAUCACAGGGACAGCCGGAUCCGUCACCUUCCAGAGCUCCUGAGGCUGGCGAGACUCCCCCACCUGCCUGAGUCCUACCUCACAGGCAGCCUGCUGAAAGAUCCGCUGGUUCAGGACUCCCUGGACUGCAAACAACUGCUGGAGGAUGUCUGCAGAGAAAAAAUGAAUAUCAAACCGGGUGUGUCGGAGCAGGGUCUCUUCCGAAACACGCCCCACAACCUGCAGGAAGUGUUGUUCGUGAUAGGUGGCCGUUCGCUGGACGAUUCCGAUGAUGAUGAUGAUGACGAAGAUGAGGAAGAUGGCGAAAGAGAUCCGAGGAUCCAUCCCAGGAACUGUGGCUUCUACAACACAAAGCUUCAGCGGUGGCAUCGGCUCCCUGAUUUCCCCAACUACAAUAAGUGGGGUUAUUCUGUCGUCUCCUUAAACAACGACGUGUAUGUGACAGGAGGUUCCAGAGGAUCCCAGUCCAACACCUGGUCGACCACAGAGACCUGGAAGUACAUCACUCGGGAGGGCCGGUGGGUUACGGUGGCCCCGAUGCUGCGGCCCAGGACGAACCACACAUCGGCAACCCUCAACGGAGAGAUUUACGUCAUUGGAGGCACUACGAUGGACAUUGUAGAGGUAGAGCACUAUGACCCCUACAUUGACAGCUGGGCCCUCACAGCGCCACCGCUGAAAUAUGUGUCAAACUUCACGGCCACCGCGUGCCUGGGGAAGCUCUACCUCAUAGGCUCGUGCGCGGUCAAAUACAACGCCCUGACACUACAGUGCUACAACCCGGUCAUAGAUAGCUGGAGUAUUGUCUGUUCUCCAUUUAUCCCCAAAUACCUGUCCUCACCUCGCUCUGUCUCUAUGGAUGGGGUCAUUUAUCUGAUAGCAGACAACACCAAAAAGGUGUACCUCUAUGACCCAGAUGCUAAUAUGUGGCAGAAAAUCCAGUUCCUCCACAUGCUGCAUGAGAAUGGGGCCCUGGUGGCCCUGGGAGGGCAGCUCUAUGUGACUGGAGGCCACUGGAAAGGAAUGGAGGGGGACUACAGCGUGGAGGUGGAGGUGUACAACCGAGCCUCCGACUCCUGGACGGUGGAGUGCUUCCUGCCCAGGCUGUGGUGCUACAGUGGCUGUUGCUCUGUCUUCGUGGACCCCUUGCGGUGUCCUGAGCUCUUCCCCGACGAGACGUAAUGGACUUGGAGAGGAAGGCAGGGCUCUGCUCCUGCACACGUCCUGCACUGUAUGCCAGCCAUCAAAGGGUUUCUGGCCGUGCCAUACCACCUCUACUUCAGAGAAAGUCUCCUCCAGUAACAUGAAGAGGACAGCUCCACGAAUUAAGUACUAAUGUAUCGUCAGUUGUCCUUUUUCCUGACUGCAUUUUCACAAAACUUGUUUAUAAGCUUUGUUUUAGAGUAAACAUUAUAAUAUUUCAAUUUUAGAAAGGUAAAAAAAAAUGCUAUUAUAACAAAAUACAUGUGUAAAAAAAAUACUGAUGUUAUUUUGGAGCAAAUUUCAACUUGUGUGUGUCGCUGUGUGUGUUUCUGCAUUGGUAUGAGUUUGGCCUAUUUGAUAUGGGCCUUUACAAGCACGGCAGAUGGUAAGAGGUUCAUGUGUAAAAAUGUCAAAAAUGACUCUGUUGUACCCUUUAAUCUCUCGCCAAUAAACAAAAAUCUUGUAACAAUU